AUGUCAGAGAAUACGGACGCCGCGAUACCCAAGGACCCCUCCUUGUCGUAUCGCUACUGGGUGGGCCCGCGGGGGAAUGGCGAGAUGGCAGCUCCGCCGCCGAUGCCGAGGAGAUUAAGUCAAGAAGAACUUGCGAGCCUACAACGCAACGACUCCAAGGGAUCCGCCUGGAACCAAGGUGGCACGUGGGAGGAGAGGUCUCUAAACGACUGGGCGAAGCAACGACUGAAGGAGCUGCUGCGUUGCUCCAGUCCAGCCGUCAUCGGCUCGACCACCUACACCCUCACCACGGAAGUGGAUUCCUGCUCUGGCGAUACGACGAUCGUCGUGGUGCGCAAUAAGAGGAGGCACGGUUACAUUCUAGACAUCAACGUUAAGAUAUCAGCCAGCAGCACUAUAGCAGACGCCAAGGAGGUGACUGGCACUCUCACAGUGCAUGACGCCACGUUCGGAGAAGUGGACGACUGGGAGCCCGAGAUCAAGGUGGAGCAGGGGAAGGGUAAGCUGACAGACUCAGAAGUAUCACAUGCUCAGAAGGAAGUGAAGCGCCUGGUGCUGCCGCUGCUACAGGGGCAGAUGCGAGAGUUUGAGAAAGAACUGCUGCAGAGGUAG